AUGGAUCGUCUUCAGGACUCGCCGGACUACUUCACGUCCUCAUUCCACUGUUCUCCGUUUGCUCUCGAUGGCGAAGAGCCAAUCGGUAAUAUAUCCAAAACGCCAGUAUUGCAUCCUCGAAUCAACCGUGUGAAACGACCGCAUACAAAGUCCCGCCGGGGCUGUUAUAGCUGCAAGAACCGGAGGGUCAAGUGCCAGGAAACAAAACCCGCAUGCGCCAACUGCAUUCGUAAAGAUCUAGACUGUCACUAUCCAGCUGAAGACCAAGAACGCGGAGUCGUGACGCACAAACGGUCAACCCCGGCGUCACCGAACUCUGGGGACUCGUCUUCUUCAACAUCAACCGGUUCAAGUCUGUCAACUGCUCAGAUAUCUCUAACCUCCUUCACUGGCGAUGACCUGCGGUUCUGGCAUCACUUCCUCGUCGACGCCCGGCCACAUCUGCCAUUCGGCGACGAGGAGUCCUGGCUAUCCACGAUACCCGCGUUCGCUCACGAUUGUCCUCACCUCCUCCACGCCAUCCUCUCCCUCGGCGCCUCUUACUGCUCCCUAACCUCCCCCUCCGGCAAACAGCACUACCCCUCCGCCAUCGCCCACCGCAGCCAAGCCCUGCAAUCGCUCAGCACAACCAUCGCCAAAGGCGCCGAUGCCACAGUCCUCGAAAUGGACGGCGCCCUCGCAACAUGCUACACACUCACCUUCCAAGCCCACCACAUGAGCGACGGCGUCGUCGACUUCGCCGUCAUGGUCCGCGGCUGCGGCCUCGUCACAGACUGGUACUUCACACAGCCCGAGACGCGCGAGAGCAGGCUAUUCAAGAACGUCAAGUCGGUGCAGCACAUGGGCGAGAUGAUCACAGGGUGGCUCCCCAGGGGCGUCUAUCCACUUUGCGAAGCGGAGAAGAUCGAGACCUGUAUUGCUGCGCUGGAUCGGUUAUGGCCGUUACUAGAGACCGAGGCGCAGGUUGGUUUUUAUAAUGCAUUGCGCCAGGCUUAUGCUUCUUUGCUGCUCUCGCAUCGACACGCGUUUAUGCAGCUAGUUGUUAUAUACGCUGAGUGGGCGCGCCUGGAUAAUGUUUCGUUCCUGCAGUUCAUUGCCCCUGGGAACCAUGUCUCGCGCGCGCUGUUCAUGCACUACGUUGUUCUGGAUGCGUUUAUGCAGCCUGUUUAUGCGGAGCUGAUGACGAGUCGGAAUAUUGGGGUUGGGGGUGGGCGUUUUCUGAUUUAUCGCUGGGCCGAUGCGAUCUAUACCGGCUUGCCUCGGGAUAUGCGCGAGCUGGUGGAGGAACCGCUGUGGUAUUUGGCCAUGGAUAUGUUGCCGGAAGUCGAGAGGCAUAGAGAGGGGUUUCCGCAGUGGGAGAGGGAGCUUGGGGGGUUGGUAGAGUGGCUGCGUGGGAGGGUUUCAAAGGAUAUACUGGAGAUGUAUAGUAUAUAG